UGCCCAUUGUCAGUGCUAGUGAAUUUUCUGAAUUAUUACCCACUACUCCACGACCAAGCGACAGCCAAUCAGAUAUCUCUAUUGAUGGAUAUUCCCGUGGUAAAUAAAUCAUUUAAAACAAACUUGAAAGAAACGUUUAAGAAAACAAGGAGGUUGUUGUUGAAGAGAGAAGCCAAUCAGAUCAAGAAAAGCAUAAUGAAGAAACUUUACAGCGUUUACGAAAUGGUGAGACGCGCGAGAGGAAUGGUAUGAAAAAUAGAAAAAACGUCGGUUCAUUUAAUAAAGAAACGAGCAGUUCAUCGUGGACUCAUAAUGACAGCGGUUUUAGAAAGAAACAUCAUGUGCCAAUAAAUGGUGUUCAAGUCCUUAUUCAGUUUGAAAGCAGCGAUGAGGAGAAAGAAAAUUGAAGUUGAAUGAUUUAUUAACAAGCUAUUUCAGACUUAUAAAUGGUUCACUUUAUAUGGUGAAUUUACUAUCUAUGUAAUAUCUUUCUAUUUAUUUUUCAUACAUUUGAAGAACAUUUAAACCACAAAUUAUUCAUUCUCCCCCCUCCCCCCAUGGAGAACAUAUAGCAUUUUUUUCAAAAAAAUGUACUCCUACUGUUAUUUUGAAAUUUCUACAUUGUUAAAAUAAUCUUUUUAUGACGACAUUGCAAACGAGGCGUUAUUAUUGUUUCUAACCUGACGGCAAACGUUAUAGAAAUACACUUGUUGAAAUACCUAUUGGAGACUGUGAUCGGAGAUCAGUGGUUUAUCUGGUGUAUAUAUUAACAACGUUAAGAAAAUUAUAUUGCGUCAGACGUUAAUUUUCAUUGCCGAAAGUUUGUAAUUAGACUCGACAUUUUCAUUGCAAUCUGUGACCCCACAAACUCGAGAAAUUCAGAAAUGGAUGCGAAAGACUCGAGGAUUUCAGAAAUGAUCGUCAAAGACUCGGGAAUUUCAGAAAUUGGCACCAAGGACUCGGGAAGUUCGGAAAUUGGCACCAAAGACUCGGGAUUUUUAGAAGGAUCUUCCUUUUUAUCGCUGCGUACAAAAGAGGAGAAAAUAAGACGUCGUAAAGAAGUGGAGAAAAGAAGACGUCGUGAAGAACUGGCGAAAACACAAAAUCAGCUUAAAGAAAAGAGAAAGGAAAGAAAACGACAUUUUAAAGAGGAAAGAAAACUGAGGAAGAAAAAAAUUCAACGUAAAGAUAAGAUUCGUCGAUGUAAAGAUAAGAUUCGUCGACUUGAAGAUGAGAUUCGUCGACUUAAAGAUGAGAUUCGUCGACUUGAAGAUGAGAUUCGUCGACUUGAAGUUUUUUUCAACUUUGUUCAACCUUAUCAACAUUGUUCUUACUUUGUUUUUUUCAACCUUAUUCAACCUUAUCAACAUUGUUUUUACUUUGAUUUCUUUGAAAGUAUGAAAGAACCUUUGCGGCGGAAAGAACGUUGGCUUUGGAAAGAACAAAGCGUGACUGCAAAGGACUACUUCAUUAGUCCUCAGUGGAUCGAGCUUGGUAGAAAGUUAUCGAUACCUAAAAGGGAAUUAGACAAAAGUAAUUCUAAACAUAAAAAAGUGGAAAAAAGGGCAUUUCAACUGCUUAGAUAUUGGAAAAGAAACACUGGAAGAAAUGCUACAGAAACAAUUUUACUUGAUGCUCUGACCACUAUUGGUCUUCAAGAUGUUGUAGAAUAUUUACAAGAAAAGAUUCAGUGGCGACAUGUUGGUUGGCAUAGCCAUUUUGUUUUUCAUAUUGGUGUAGAGAAGAAAGGACGUCGUCGUAAAGUUUUUCAUUCUGCACAAGAACUUACCAUGAUUCAGGAAUACCGAUAUUUAAAGAAUGUAAUUAGAGCUCUGAAAGUUCCCAAAGCCUUGCAGGCAAAAGAUGUGCCAUCGGAAAAACAUCAACGCUUGAAGAAAGAAUUGAUGGAAAAAAAGAUGGAACGAUAUAAAGAAGUUGUAGAUGCACUGUGGAAGAGAAAUCUAUUAUUGUAUAAAGUUCAAUGGACGUACAAAAAGAUAUACAAGAACCAACAAACAAGAAGAGCUGUAAAGUCUACCAAUGUGGUUGCUCAAGAUGACGUUUAUAUCACCCAUGAGGAUGCAGCAGCAAAUCUGGCCCAAGAUGAUGAGAUUAUUGCUCAAGAUGAGUCAAAAAUCAACAGUUGUGGGUUAACUGUCAAUCUUACAAAAUCGAGCAAAAAUUUGACAAAAGGGAUACAUGAUGUGCAUGGAAUUCAAACAUUGAACUCGAGGGAAUUUUGGUCGUCAUCGUCCAUUGAAGCACCCUUUCGGCUUCUUUCAAAUAUCGAAAUACCACAUGAUGGAAAUCCUAAUGGUAGAGCAUCUUGCGGUACGAUAACACUGAUUUGUCUGAAGGAUGGUGUUUAUUCCGCCUUGACAUGUGCACAUGUUGCUUGUGCCACUGACCACCAGCAAACAUUUCUUGACGGAGAGCGACUGGUGUCAAUCAACAAAGCUGUACAAACCUUGAAUAAACACGAUGAAAACAAGUAUAUGUACACACCGUCUAAGAGUGACUGUAAAGCAGAAAUUGGAUCUUCUCAUCGACACACCUUUGCUCAGUUUGAUAGUGAAACAGACAUCAUGUCUAUCAAUACUGGCAAGCAAGAAGAUUUCAAGAAACUUAUUGGUGAUGAAAUGGAAGUUGUUGUAUUGAACUUGGGUGAUGCAAAUUUAGAACUUCAACGAAGGGUUGAAGACAACAAGGAGGCUGUUAAAGUCCGCACAGCCACUGGUGUAGAGGGCUUCAUCAGUGAAUUGAAUUAUGAGUAUUGGUGUAAAAAUUCCACACGUCGCAUUUUCCAGAAUGCCAUCAAGAUAAAAAGUUGUCAAACAUUUCUUGAUUCCGGUGACUCUGGUACUCUUGUUUGGUUUUUGGAUGAAAAAAAUAAUUGGCUACCAUUUGCAUAUGGUGUUAGCGAAAUACUUGAUGAUGGUUGCGAUAGUCCAGAAAAUAGUUACAUCUGCUUAAAAUUGGACAAGGCCUUAGAAGCACUUGGUCUAGAGAAUGGUCAAUUUUUCACACUGCGAGACAAUGUUCACAGUUCAUCCAACAGUGCUAAAAGCGGCGAUGGUGAAGGAGGUGCAGCUAACAAAAACUCUAAAGUGGCAAUGAAAUAUCGACGCAUUAGUUAUAAACGUCGUCAAGCUGCAGAUGAGAUUUGUCGACUUGAAGAUGAGAUUCGUCGACUUGAAGAUGAGAUUCGUCGACUUGAAGAGAAGAAAGGACGUCGUCGUAAAGCAAUUAGAGCUCUGAAAGUUCCCAAAGCCUUGCAGGAAAAAGAUGUGCCAUUGGAAAAACAACAACGCUUGAAGAAAGAGUUGAUGAAAAGAAAAAUGGAACAAUAUAAGAAAGUUCAAUGGACGCACAAAAAAAUAUACAAGAACCAACAAACAAGAAGAGGUUCCAGUAAUUUUCAAGAGCCAACAUUAAAAAAAUCUAAAACUGAUCCAUCGAUGAAAAAAGAUAACGAAAUUAAGGGACUUAGCAAAGAAACUGGAACUGAAGACUCUGGAAUUUCAGAUAAGGAGGACUGUGACUUUGAGCAUAUAGAAGAUAACAUCCCCAGCAAAGAGGAUUUCAUAAAAAAGUUUCAAACAAAAGACUGGAAAAUCAAACCAAGUGUGCAUGAAACAUUGAACAGUUUUCCAUGGAUUGUUGGUGAUUAUGGUACAGUGCGUUCGACCGAUGAGAUGCCAUAUCGUCAUUUGUUUCUCGAAGUUGACCAAAAAAUGAAAGACAAGUCUUUGAAACAAGAAAUUGAUAAAACAUUUCAAUGGAAUGCUUCAAAAUAUAUAGAAUUGCGUUACAUUGAACCAUCUGACGAACGUUCAGUUCAACAUAAAUAAGUUGCUAUUGUUUGGAAUUGUGUAGACCAAACCGCACUGGCCACAGCAGUAACCAUGUAUUAUCGGGCUGAUAUAAUGAUAUAACUCCUUAAAAAAAUGCCCUGCUUAAUACAUUUAUGCACUCAUAAUCUUUAUAACAUUUCACAAAUUCUUAUCGAAAUCGAUGAGAAUACAAUCGUUACCUAUAUAGACGUACUUCAGUAUAUUAUUUUAUCUCUUUUUUACCUUUGAAUAUCUGAUGAAUAUCUUUAUGGUAUGACUAUGGUGCAAUUGCACACUUGAAAUAAGCGUUAAUAAAGAGGCUAUUGUUGAUAAGAGAAGUCAAUAAAACCAAGAAAAGCUUCA